GAAUUGUAAUUUAUUUUUAUUUGAUUUCCCCUCUGCCUUCUUCUUGCUAACAUUCGUAUCAAUGUCUGUUCUCUUCCAUUCCUCUCCAUCUAUUUUCUUCACUCCUACAUGCUCGUUCAAACCCAAAACCCCUUCUUUUUCUUCUUCCUCCAAACCACCCCUCUCUAUAACAGCAACAAUCCCAGCAGCUAGAGAUAGAGUCAUAGACUUUGGAAAAUACAAGGGAAGAAUGCUAGGUACCCUUCCUGCACGCUACCUCAAAUGGGUCUCCAAGAAUCUCAGAGCCCGUGACUUCGAAGAGUGGGCAAAGCUAGCUGACCAUGUCCUCCAAGACCCUGUUUACCAAGACCGUAUAGAGUGGGAAUUGGCCCAAAAUGUAUUGAAUGGUAAUUCAUCAUCUUCUUCUUCUUCAGGAAACUUGAGUGCUGUUGCCGAGUUGUUGGAAAUCAGUGAGAGGUUUGGUUGGGAUAACAAUGACAAGGUUGGAUGGAGCAGAGUCAAUUUUGAGCUUUUGGGUACCUCUAAAGGGGGUAGAAUUCCAAGACUUUGUAAAGAUGGAGGCAAAAAAGAGAUGGGAAAGGAAAUGGGUAGGAAAGUUGAGGUUUUUCCUGAAGGUGGAGAGAAGAGAAGAGAGAGAAGGGAGAGAUUAAGGGUGAGGAGGGAGGUGGGGAAGGAGGGGAAGUUGGGAAUUGUGGAGAAUGAUGGGGGUGUAGUUAGAAAUUCAGGGAUUGGUGAGGAGAAAGAGGAGGUGAGGUAUAAGAGAGACAAUGAGGAUGACAAAGAUGGAAUGGUGGAGAAUUGGAAGAACCCAUUUCCUGGACGUGAAGCUCUUUUGAAGAAGGUGCUCAAUCAAAAAAGAUACUUGUGUGUGCAAAUGAAAAAGAAUUCAUGGUCACAACAUUGUUGGUGCAGCUUUUCUGUCUGCUACAUUUCAGUGCUUAGUGAUGCAGAGGAGAAGCAAAUAAGAAACCAGGCAGUGAAGGAGUGGCUGAACGAGAUUGAAGAUGCGUCCUCAAUGUGGAUGAUCUCUUGGAUGAGAUUGCAACUGAUGCUUUGCAAUUCAAGUUGGAAGCUGAAUCUAGAGCUGGCACUAGUAAGGUAAGUAACAUUAUCCCUACUUCUCUGAAUUCCUACAAUCCAGAUAUGGAGACCAAGAUGGAGGAGAUCCUUGAGAGACUAGAAUUCAUUGUAAAACAGAAAGAUCUCAUUGGUCUCAAAGAGGGGGUUGGUGAGAAACCAACACCGAGAAUACCAACUACAUCCUUGAUAGAAGAAACCGAGGUUUAUGGUAGAGAUGGUGAUAAGGAGGCCAUAAUCAAGCUGUUGGUAACAGGUGAUGUGGGUUGCAAUAUGUAUCUCUGAUUCCAAUAGUGGGCAUGGCUGCGGUUGGCAAGACCACCCUUGCCUAAUUAGUGUACAAUGAUGACAAGGUUAAGGAGAACUUUGAGCUUAAAUCUUGGGUUUGUGUUACUGAAGACUUGAUAUUUUUACAAUAACAAAAACGCUUCUUUCUGCAAUAACUUCUUACUCUUGUGAGAACACAGACUUGGAUUUACUUCGCAUAAGGGUGAACGAGGGGCUAAUGGGAAAGAAAUUCUUGAUUUUUUUGGAUGAUGUGUGGAAUGAAAACUACGUUAAUUGUGACAACCUGAUUAAAACUUUCAAAGAUGGUGCUCAAGGAAGCAAGAUUCUUGUAACAGCAUGCAUUGAAAGUUCUGCAUAGAUCAUGUGCACUGUUCCAAACCAUUAUCUUGAACACUUAAAAGAUGAAUAUUGCUGGUAACUAGUUGCGAAGCAUGCAUUUGACAAUGGACAUUGUUGUGCAUAUCCAAUCUUGGAAACAAUUGGUAGAAAAGUUGUCAAGAAGUGCAGGGGCUUGCCCUUAGCUACAAAAACACUUGGAGGGCUUUUGCGCUCUAAAGUAGAUGUUGGAGAAUGGGAAAAAGAUAUUAGAGUGGGAUUUGGGAUUUCUCAGAUAACGAGAGCAAUAUUCUACCAGCUUUGAGGCAAGUCACUGCUCUCUUCCCUCAAACUUAAAGCAAUGCUUUGCCUUUGUUCAGCUUUUCCCAAGUAUUGCUUUCACUACUUAUCUGAUGAAAUAAUGAAUCAUGUAAUCUUGAAGUUGAGGUGUUUGAGAGUAUUAAAGUUUUCUGGCUGUAAAAAUUUGAAGCAGUUACCUGAAUCAAUUGGUGAAUUAAGGCAUCUUCACUACCUUGACCUGCCUAGCACUCCAAUUACUAGGUUACCUGACUCUGUACGUUGUACAAUUUACAGUCAUUAAAUUUAUUUUUUUACAUUAAAAUGGCUGCCUCAGGCUAUGCAUACCCUCCUCCCAUCUUUGAAAUUCUUGAAGAUAUGUGAUUGUUCAUCAUUGUUGGAGUUUCAUUAUGAAACUGGUCUACGUUCUAAUUUGGGUAAACUUGUGGUCAGAAAGUGCUGUACACAGGUUGCAAAUGGAAUGAAGUGGAAUUUGCAAAGCCGCCAAGGUCUAACACACUUUAGAAUCGGUGAUGAACAUUGUAUGGAAUCCUUUCCAGAGUAAGGUUUGCUACCUAUCACUCUUACCUCUUUUGAGAUGGAUAAGCUUCUAAUCAACAGUGAGUUGAUUUAAUGAGAUGCGUGCAAACAAGUAUCUAAAUGCCUUCUAGAUUUGCAGCACUGGAGAAAUUGUGGACUGUUAGGCUGAAAGAAAGGGUAAAAGCAAUGGGGGGUGAAGAUGCUGAGGAGAAGCAGAUCACCAACCUAGAUGUCAAGCAGUGGCUGGACGAGCUUGAAGAUGCUUCCCU